GGGCUAGUCUCUGCCCUAAUGCGGCGGCUGGCGACGAGCGGCGCUGCAGGGGACGUGGGGGAAGUGGCGGCGCCGGCAGCGGACAGCUCGGACUGCGCCCGGGGCCGGAGCCUGAGCCCUUGGAGGUUGAUUGACUUAUGUGCAACCUGGGACACUGGAGUGUGCUUUCCCUCCACAGCCUGGAGCCGAGCCUCCUCCGGUGUUGCAAGGCAGGGGCUGAAUGAGGCAGAGGAGCUGAGCUCUGCCUGGGAGGCCCACUUAGAGCCACUCAAGGCACCAAGACCCCAAGGGCUGGGGAGCAGGGAGCGGGGCCUGGUGCUGAGGAUGGCCAGGCAGCAGCCGCCGCCCUGGGUCCACGCAGCCUUCCUCCUCUUCUUCCUCAGUCUGGGUGGAGCCAUCGAGAUUCCUAUGGACCCAAGCAUUCAGAAUGAGCUGACCCAGCCCCCAACCAUCACCAAGCAGUCAGUGAAAGACCACAUCGUGGACCCCCGUGAUAACAUCCUGAUUGAGUGUGAAGCAAAGGGGAACCCUGCCCCCAGCUUCCACUGGACUCGAAACAGCAGAUUCUUCAACAUCGCCAAGGACCCUCGGGUGUCCAUGAGGAGGAGGUCUGGGACCCUGGUGAUCGACUUCCGCAGUGGUGGGCGGCCGGAGGAGUACGAGGGGGAAUACCAGUGCUUCGCCCGCAACAAAUUUGGCACGGCCUUGUCCAACAGGAUCCGUCUGCAAGUGUCCAAAUCUCCCCUGUGGCCCAAGGAAAACCUGGACCCCGUUGUGGUCCAAGAAGGCGCCCCGCUGACGCUGCAAUGCAACCCCCCACCCGGUCUGCCGUCCCCAGUCAUCUUCUGGAUGAGCAGCUCCAUGGAGCCCAUCACCCAGGACAAACGCGUCUCCCAGGGCCACAACGGGGAUCUGUAUUUCUCUAACGUGAUGCUGCAGGACAUGCAGACUGACUACAGCUGCAAUGCCCGCUUCCACUUCACCCACACCAUCCAGCAGAAGAAUCCCUUCACCCUCAAGGUCCUCACCACCCGAGGAGUUGCAGAGAGAACACCCAGCUUCAUGUAUCCCCAGGGUACCUCGAGCAGUCAGAUGGUGCUCCGCGGCAUGGACCUCCUGCUAGAGUGCAUCGCUUCUGGGGUCCCAACACCAGACAUCGCGUGGUACAAGAAAGGUGGGGACCUCCCAUCUGACAAGGCCAAGUUUGAGAACUUUAACAAGGCUCUGCGUAUCACCAAUGUGUCCGAGGAAGACUCUGGGGAGUAUUUCUGCCUGGCCUCCAACAAGAUGGGCAGCAUCCGGCACACGAUCUCGGUGAGAGUGAAGGCUGCUCCCUACUGGCUGGAUGAACCCAAGAACCUGAUCCUGGCUCCUGGUGAGGAUGGGAGGCUGGUGUGUCGAGCCAAUGGGAACCCCAAGCCCACUGUCCAGUGGAUGGUGAACGGGGAACCUUUGCAAACGGCACCACCCAACCCAAACCGAGAAGUGGCAGGUGACACCAUCAUCUUCCGAGACACCCAGAUCAGCAGCAGGGCCGUGUACCAGUGCAACACCUCCAACGAGCACGGCUACCUCCUGGCCAAUGCCUUCGUCAGUGUGCUGGAUGUCCCACCUCGGAUGCUGUCACCCCGGAACCAGUUCAUUAGAGUUAUUCUUUACAACCGGACACGGCUGGACUGCCCGUUCUUUGGGUCUCCCAUUCCCACACUGCGAUGGUUUAAGAAUGGGCAAGGAAGCAACCUGGAUGGUGGCAAUUACCAUGUCUAUGAGAAUGGCAGUCUGGAAAUUAAGAUGAUCCGCAAAGAGGACCAAGGCAUCUACACCUGUGUGGCCACCAACAUCCUGGGCAAAGCGGAAAACCAAGUCCGCCUGGAGGUCAAAGAUCCCACCAGGAUCUACCGGAUGCCCGAGGACCAGGUUGUCAAGAGGGGCACCACAGUACAGCUGGAGUGUCGCGUGAAGCACGACCCCUCCCUGAAGCUCACCGUCUCCUGGCUGAAGGAUGAUGAGCCGCUCUAUAUUGGAAACAGGAUGAAGAAGGAAGACGACUCGCUGACCAUCUUCGGCGUGGCAGAGCGGGACCAGGGCAGUUACACGUGCGUCGCCAGCACGGAGCUGGACCAAGAUCUGGCCAAGGCCUACCUCACCGUGCUGGCUGAUCAGGCCACUCCAACUAACCGUUUGGCUGCCCUGCCCAAAGGACGGCCAGACCGACCCCGGGACCUGGAGCUUACCGACCUGGCUGAGAGGAGUGUGAGGCUGACCUGGAUCCCGGGGGAUGAUAACAACAGCCCCAUCACAGACUAUGUCGUCCAGUUUGAAGAGGACCAGUUCCAACCAGGGGUCUGGCAUGACCAUUCCAAGUUCCCAGGCAGUGUCAACUCAGCUAUCCUCCAACUGUCCCCAUAUGUCAACUACCAGUUCCGGGUCAUUGCUGUGAACGAGGUCGGGAGCAGCCACCCCAGCCUCCCAUCCGAGCGCUACCGAACCAGUGGAGCACCUCCUGAGUCCAACCCCAGUGAUGUAAAGGGAGAAGGAACCAGAAAGAACAAUAUGGAAAUCACGUGGACACCCAUGAAUGCCACCUCUGCCUUUGGCCCCAACCUGCGCUACAUUGUCAAGUGGCGGCGGAGAGAGACUCGAGAGACCUGGAACAACGUCACAGUGUGGGGCUCUCGCUAUGUGGUGGGGCAGACCCCUGUCUAUGUGCCCUAUGAGAUCCGGGUCCAGGCUGAAAAUGACUUUGGGAAGGCCCCCGAGCCCGACACUGUCAUCGGGUACUCCGGAGAAGAUUAUCCCAGGGCUGCACCCACCGAAGUUAAAAUCCGAGUCCUGAACAGCACAGCCAUCAGCCUUCAGUGGAACCGCGUCUACUCCGACACGGUCCAGGGCCAGCUCAGGGAGUACAGAGCCUACUACUGGAGGGAGAGCAGCUUGCUGAAGAACCUGUGGGUAUCCCAGAAGAGACAGCAGGCCAGCUUCCCUGGAGACCGCCCCCGGGGUGUGGUGUCCCGCCUCUUCCCCUACAGUAACUACAAGCUGGAGAUGGUUGUGGUCAAUGGGAGAGGCGACGGGCCCCGCAGCGAAACCAAGGAGUUUACUACCCCGGAAGGAGUACCCAGUGCCCCCAGGCGUUUCCGAGUCCGGCAGCCCAACCUGGAGACAAUCAACCUGGAGUGGGAUCAUCCGGAACACCCCAAUGGGAUCCUGAUUGGAUACACCCUCAAAUACGUGGCCUUUAAUGGAACUAAAGUAGGAAAGCAGAUGGUGGAAAACUUCUCUCCCAAUCAGACCAAGUUCUCCAUGCAGAGAGCAGACCCUGUGUCACGCUACCGCUUUACCCUCAGCGCCAGGACACAGGUGGGCUCUGGGGAAGCAGUCACAGAGGAGUCUCCAGCGCCCCCAAAUGAAGCCACUCCAACUGCAGCUCCUCCCACGUUGCCCCCAACUACUGAGGGCGCCACAGGCGCUGUGAGCAGUACUGAUGCUACUGCCCUUGCCGCUGCCACCGAAGCCACAACAGUCCCCAUCAUCCCAACUGUGGCGCCUACCACCAUCGCCACCACCACCACCGUCGCCACAACUACUACAACCACUGCCGCCACCACCACGGAGAGUCCUCCCACCACCACCACCACCACCACCACCGGGACUAAGAUACAGGAAUCCGCCCCCGAUGAGCAGUCCAUAUGGAACGUCACGGUGCUCCCCAACAGUAAAUGGGCCAACAUCACCUGGAAGCACAAUUUCGGGCCCGGAACUGACUUUGUGGUUGAGUACAUCGACAGCAACCAUACGAAAAAAACUGUCCCUGUUAAGGCCCAGGCCCAGCCUAUACAGCUGACAGACCUCUAUCCUGGGAUGACGUACACAUUGAGGGUUUAUUCCCGGGACAACGAGGGCAUCAGCAGUACCGUCAUCACCUUUAUGACCAGUACAGCUUACACCAACAACCAGGCCGACAUCGCCACCCAGGGCUGGUUCAUUGGGCUCAUGUGCGCCAUCGCCCUCCUGGUGCUGAUCCUGCUCAUCGUCUGCUUCAUCAAGAGGAGUCGAGGUGGCAAGUACCCAGUGCGAGAAAAGAAGGACGUUCCCCUUGGCCCUGAAGACCCCAAAGAAGAGGAUGGCUCCUUUGACUACAGUGAUGAGGACAACAAGCCCCUGCAGGGCAGCCAGACGUCUCUGGACGGAACCAUCAAGCAGCAGGAAAGUGACGACAGCCUGGUGGACUAUGGGGAAGGCGGCGAAGGGCAGUUCAACGAAGAUGGCUCCUUCAUUGGCCAGUACACGGUCAAAAAGGACAAGGAGGAAACAGAGGGCAACGAGAGCUCAGAGGCCACAUCACCCGUCAAUGCCAUCUAUUCUCUGGCCUAA